CAUGGCCUCCCCCAGGUUAGAAACCUACUGCUGCCCCAACAGGGAUGCAGCCACGCAGCUUGUGAUGAGCUUCCAGCCCCAGGUCUUCUGUGCGGUCUGCAUUGGCAGCGCCUCAGCCAGCCUGCUGCUGACCAUCCUGCAGCUCCUGCCGAAGAAGGGGCAGAGCCUGCGGAAGAUGCCCAAAGCCUCCUCCUCCUCGACCAUUCUUCUCCUUAUCUCCGUGUGUGACAUCCUCGGUGGCUCAGGUGUGAUCUUCAGGUCGAGCGUCUGGUUGGGCUUCCCGAGCUUUGUUGCCAACAUCUCAGUGGCCAACGGGACUGACGUGUGGCCCUCUGUCUUCUGCGUGGGCAGCGCGAUGUGGAUCCAGCUGUUAUACAGUGCUGGCUUCUGGUGGUUAUUUUGCUAUGCUGUCGAUUCUUACUUGGUGGUAAGAAGAUCAGCGGGACUGAGUACAAUCGUGCUGUACCACAUGAUGGCCUGGGGGCUGGCAGUUUUGCUCUGCGUGGAGGGUGUUGCGCUGCUUUAUUACCCGUCCCUUUCCAGCUGUGAAAGAGGCCUGGAGCACGCAAUCCCACAUUACAUCACAACCUAUGCCCCGCUUCUGCUGGUGCUGGUGGUCAACCCAGUCCUGUUCAGAAGGACAGUGACUGCAGUUGCCUCUUUACUGAAAGGGAGACAAGGGAUUUACACAGAGAAUGAGAGACGGCUGGGGACAGAGAUCCAGAUGCGCUUUUUCAAAAUUAUGCUGGUAUUCAUUGUUUGCUGGUCAUCUAAUAUCAUCAAUGAGAGCCUUUUGUUCUAUCUCGAAAUGCAGCCAGAUAUCAAUGAAACACCUUUGAAAAACAUUAGAAGUGCUGCACUGAUUACAUGGAUUAUAAUGGGGAUUCUUAAUCCAAUGCAAGGCUUCCUCUUCACAUUAGCUUUCUAUGGCUGGACAGGAUGGAGAGUGGACCUGAAAUGGCAGAAGAGAGAAAUACCCUGGGAAUCAAUGUCCUCAUCAACGGUGGGUGACAAUGACUAUCCCUCACCAGUGAACUACCAAAGCAAUGUUCACGACUCAAAGAAGAUAUCUUCCACUGAUAGCCAGCAGACUGAUGAGGCUAUAAGCAUGUUGUCUGAAGGUAACACGAGCGGUGAUGACAGGUUGACCAGGAGCUCUCCCAUCUACCAGGGCUGGUAGCUUAUAGGUGGAGAGCUGAAUCUCAUUUCUCCCAUUGUCAAGACUCACAAAACCAUGGCACUGUGUGAAUCAUUGCUCAUUCUGAAAUUUGGUUUGUGUCUGAUGGCUCAGUUUAAUUUCCUGUAGCUUUUGUUUGUGUGUGAGACUGUGUAAGAUGCAGAGAAAAGAUAGUUAAUGUCUUCACUUGCUUUGUAAGAGAUGUGUAGCAAGUUACAAAGGCCUGAUAGCUUUUAGCAGGACUGUGUCUCUGCAGGGAUCUGUUACUUAUGAUUCAUCUGUUUUCUUUCAAUCUCUCCUGUAACCUCCGUAUGGUAGAAGAGUCUUUUGUUUAAAUAAACAGACUAUUAAUAUGGUGGUUUUUUAAAUGUCUUCCCUUGCUUGCCUUGCUCAGCAUAAAAUUCCCUGAAUUACUGCUCUGAGACACAACUUCCACCCUUGUAAACUACUCUAGUAAAACAUGAGUGACAGCAAACUUGGCCAUAAGGACAGACUUCCCUGCUUGUGCAGAAUUUCACUGUCAAAGUCUUCUUUUAGCUUGUUUAUAUUAAUUUUCAGCUUGUUUUUAUCUAGGGAGUUGAAUAUGUUUUAAAACAAAUUCAGACAUGAAUUGGAGCUGAGGCUUUAAGAACGUUUCAGAAUAAGGGCUCCAGUUCUGCUGGUUUAAGAAAAAAACAGCUCUACAGAUUAUUUUUUCAAUUUGAAUUCAGUUUGAUCCUUACAUAUACCUGUCUAACAGAAU